CAGAAAAUAAAAAAUCUUCUGAUCUAUGCUCUUGAUUGACUUUAAUAAAUACAGUACUAUUUAAUUCCACUAUAUAUUUUACUGUCUUACUGUAUUCUUUCUAAUUAAUAAGCUUUUAUGGUAAUUUUAGUCUUUGACUGAUUAAUGUAAGCGUAUCUGAAGGUAGUUGAGCGUCACGUCAAGUAUAAAAAACAAAAUGAAACCAAGCGGCAGCGGUGACGAAUAUGAGGAACCAGAGCAUACGCGUAAGUUGUUCAUAGGAGGCCUAGAUUACCGCACUAAUGAUGACUCACUGAAAGAAUUUUAUGAACAAUGGGGUGAAAUUGUUGAUGUAGUUGUAAUGAAAGAUCCACAAACUAAGAGGUCAAGAGGAUUCGGUUUUAUCACUUAUUCUAGAGCACACAUGGUUGAUGAUGCCCAGAAUAGUAGACCUCAUAAAAUUGAUGGCAGAGUUGUAGAACCAAAGAGGGCAGUGCCAAGAGAGGAGAUAAAUAGACCAGAUGCCAGUGCCACAGUAAAAAAACUAUUUGUUGGAGGCUUAAAACAAGAUAUAGAAGAAGAGGACAUAAAGAAUUACUUUAGUUCUUAUGGAAAUAUUUUAUCUGUGACUUUAGUUACCGAAAAGGAUACAGGGAAAAAGAGAGGUUUCGGUUUUGUGGAGUUCGACGAUUAUGACCCUGUUGAUAGAAUAUGUUUGCAACAGAAUCACAAGCUCAAUGGCAACCGGCUAGAUGUGAAGAAAGCUCUGUCUAAGUCUGAAAUGGGCGGUGGCGGUGGAGGUCGCCGCGGUGGCGGACGUGGCGGCGGUGGCGGCGGUGGCGGUGGUGGCGGCGGCUGGGGGCACCGGCAGAACCAGGACUGGGGUAGUUCCGAUGAUGGUGGAUAUAAUUCAGGAUAUGGACAAGGAGGAUGGAGCAACCAUAAUCCAUGGGAGUCCAACAAUUCUGGAGGCAACUGGAGCAAUCAGGGUUAUGGCGAUCAGGGUGGCUGGGGCCAGUCAUCAAACAAUUUUGGAGGUGGCUAUCAGCAAGGUUUUGGAGGUGGUCCCAUGAGAGGUAACUACAAUACCUCAAGGGCCCAACCUUAUAAUUCAGGGGGCGGCGGAGGUGGUGGAUAUGCAAGCGGCGGCGGCGGUAGCGGUGGUAGUGGUGGCAGCGGAGGCUCCGGCCCUAGCUACAACACUGCGGGCAACCCAUCUGGUGGUAGCGGCGGUAACCAGCGCAGAUUUUAAAGCAGCACUAACUCCUCUUGUCUCAAGUUACGCUUAGUUGAAGCUAGGCAGGCAGGCAGGCAGGCGGUAGUAUAGUGAUGGGAGGUAGGCCACGCAACAACUAGCUAGUGAGGGCCAAGCGGAUUUAGUGAAGCGACCACAUUUAAAAGUCAUUUAAUGUUUUAUUUCUCCUUCAAGUAAGGUUUGUUCACAAUAAGGUACUGUGUAGGCACUAGAAUCGUUUAUAAUUUUUGCCCAUUUCAGCACAUCACAGUUUUUACAUAUUAAACAUAUUAAGCACACCUGUUAUGGUCAGCAGUUUUACUAAAAA